CUCUCCUUUUAGAAUCGUCCCACGAGUCUUCCCAUUGGAUUCUUUGUAUUGUGGGUGGACUACUAAAACUGUAUCAAAAUUCUUCCGUAUCAGAUUCAGUGGUAGAACUAUGAUCCAUGUGUUAGUAUUAUCAAUUUCAUUCAAGUAGACAUUUGGUUCAAUAACAUCUUCCUGAAACUGCAUCACUAGCGUCCAUUUGGCAGGAAUGCGUUCGGCGGAACGGGCCUGGAUAUAUCUUUGUAGUUAUGCUACAACCAACCACGCGCGCCUGCAUCUUCCUUCGAACCUUCAGUGCCGGCAACAGUGCAUCUGCCUCAGUCGCCUCGAAAUCAAGUGAUAUUCUUGAAAAGGUGCGCGCACUAUGCACUCGCGGCUACCUCGAAGAUGCACUCUCUCUCUUCUACGCUCUCAAUGCCCCUCACGCCCAGGAGUCCAAACAAACCUAUGCCACUCUCUUUCACACAUGUGCCAACCACAACUGCCUUCAACAAGGCCAAGCCCUACACCGCCACAUGCUCACUCACAAUCCCAACAACUCUUUGGACCUCUAUGUGACGAACCACCUAAUCAAUAUGUAUGCCAAAUGUGGUUACAUAGACUUUGCCUGUCGACUGUUCGAUGACAUGCCUCAUAGAAAUAUUGUUUCUUGGACUGCCAUCAUUUCUGGCUAUGCCCAGCUUGGCAAAGCUGACCACUGUUUCACUAUCUUCUCUAACAUGUUAGCUGAUUGCCUUCCCACCGAGUUUGCAUACACAAGUGUGCUUUCUUGUUGUGAACGUGAACAUGGCCGGCAAGUACAUGCGCUUGCCAUGAAAACCUCUUUCUAUGCUUAUGUUUACGUAGCAAAUGCUCUCAUUACCAUGUAUUCAAAGAGCUGUGAAUAUGGUAUUUAUAAUGACAAUAAUAAUGAUGAUGAUAUAGAUGAGGCUUGGAACGUGUUCAAGUCCAUGGAGUUUCGCAAUCUUAUCAGCUGGAAUUCAAUGAUUGCCGGGUUUCAAAUUCGUGGACUAAGUUUACAAGCUGUGAAUAUUUUUACCCUGAUGCGCUGUGAUGAUAUUGGUUUUGAUCGUGCAACGCUUCUUGGUGUCCUUUCUUCCUUGCCAAGAAGCAAUGACAAUAAUGGCUUAUCAACUUUUAAGUGUUGUUUUCAGUUGCACUGUCUCUGUGUCAAAACGGGGUUCAUAUCGGAUAUUGGGGUGGCGACUGCCUUAGUGAAAUGUUACUCUAAUCAUGGAGGGAAGACUGCUGAUUGCUAUAAUAUUUUUCUGGAAACAAGUGGACGCCGUGAUCUUGUUUCAUGGACUGUGAUCAUGGAAACAUAUGCAAGGUGGGGCUCAGAGAAAGCCCUUUUCCUUUUCAGUCAGUUGCGUCAAGAGGGCUUACAUCCGGACUGUUAUACAUUCUCUAUUCUACUAAAAGCUUGUGCCGGCCUUGUGACUGAGCAGCAUGCCUUGGUUGUCCAUGCACAAGUAAUGAGAACUGGUUUUGCGGAUGAUACUGUGCUUUCAAAUGCCUUAAUCCAUGCCUAUGCGAGGUGUGGCUCAAUUGCCUUGUCCAAACAAGUUUUCAACGAAAUGCAGUUUCGGGACACGGUUUCUUGGAAUUCAAUGUUGAAGGCUUAUGCCUUGCAUGGGCAAGCCAAUGAGGCAUUGCAGUUGUUUGCACAAAUGAAUGUUCAACCUGAUGCCACCACUUUUGUUGCCCUCCUUUCAACUUGCAGCCAUUCUGGAAUGGUGGAAGAAGGAUGGAGAAUAUUCAAUGCAAUGUUUGAAAAUUAUAGGAUCAUUCCUCAACUUGAUCAUUUUGCCUGCAUGGUUGAUAUUCUUGGGCGAGCAGGGAAAAUCCUUCAGGCUCAGAAUCUUAUCAGCAAAAUGCCAAUGGAACCGGAUUCUGUUGUGUGGAGUGCUUUGCUUGCAGCGUGUAGGAAACACGGUGAAACCCAGUUAGCCAACUUAGCUUCAGCGAGGCUAAAGGAGUUGGAUCCAAAGAAUUCAUUAGGGUAUGUAUUAAUGUCAAACAUAUACUGCUCAGCUGGUAGUUUUAGUGAAGCGGGUCUUAAACGGAAGGAAAUGGAAGGGCUUGGUGUUAGGAAAGAACCUGGUCUAAGCUGGACUGAAGUUGGGAGUCGGGUGCAUGAGUUUGCCUCUGGAGGCCAACGACACCCGCAGGGAGAGGCCAUACGUGCCAAUCUUGAAGAGUUAGUUGGGCAGUUAAAAGGUUUGGGUUACGUACCCCAAACAGGCCUGGCCUUGCAUGACGUUGAAGAGGAGCACAAGGAGGAGCAGUUGUAUUACCAUAGUGAGAAACUGGCUUUGGUGUUUGCUUUGAUGAAUCAAGGUAGUUUGUAUUGCAGUGGGAAUGUUAUUAAAAUAAUGAAGAACAUCCGUAUUUGUGUGGACUGUCAUAACUUCAUGAAAUUUGCAUCAGAGCUAAUUCAAAGGGAGAUUGUUUUGAGAGAUUCGAAUCGAUUCCAUCAUUUUAAUGGAACGGUGGAGUCUGGUUACAGAUUGCGUACAACAAAGGAGAAGCAGGACAUGAUUACCAUGGAAAACACCAUGUCAGGGGACUCUAUGGAGGAUUUGGCGUUGAAGCAGCAAUUGGAGUUUUACAUGGAUAGGGUUCUGAACUGCUAG